UAUGGGGCACGCCUGCGCAGUAGACAGCUGGGAAAGUGAGGGUGAGACCCCUCUCCCCCGCCCCCCACCAACACUCACAACCUCUUUUCAUUGUCUGCAUCUGGCGCCUGCGCAGUAGCUGAUCUCCGGGCCUGGGAGGGAGGAGGGGAUAGGAUCCGGCUUCUCGCCCUUCCAGCAGGCGCCUGCGCACUAGGCGGCUGUUCUUCGCCGUUACCGCUAAGUGUGGGGCGUGUGUGGAAUAACGUUACAGCCUAGUGGAUCUGAGGGGCCCGGACCCAGAGCCUAGGAGCAAGACGACGACAGCGGCGAAGGCGAUCACGUCGGGGUUAGGGCAGGACAGUGUUAGGAGAUUCUCGGGACACAGCGCGCCCCGACGCUCCCCGUCAGUUCCCUCUUAGCGGUGAAGGGAUGAUGUAGCUUUGCCAAAGACUUAGAAGCUAAGCAGAAAAUGAGCUUGACAUCUUGGUUUUUGGUGAGCAGUGGAGGCACCCGCCACAGGCUGCCACGAGAAAUGAUUUUUGUUGGAAGAGAUGACUGUGAGCUCAUGUUACAGUCUCGUAGUGUGGAUAAGCAACAUGCUGUAAUCAAUUAUGAUGCCUCUUCUGAUGAACACCUAGUGAAAGAUUUGGGCAGCCUAAAUGGGACUUUUGUAAAUGAUAUAAGGAUUCCAGAACAGACUUAUAUCACCUUGAAACUUGAAGAUAAGCUGAGAUUUGGAUAUGAUACAAAUCUUUUUACUGUAGUACGUGGAGAAAUGAGGGUUCCUGAAGAGGCUCUCAAGCAUGAGAAGUUUACCAUUCAGCUUCAGUUGUCCCAAAAGUCUUCAGAACCAGAGUUACCAAAAGCUGCAUGUGUCAAAAACGUAGACUCCAAAGUAGCAGAUGCUGCUUCAGAAGCACAGCCCAAAGCUAAAGAAGCACUGAAAUCUGAGGAAAAGGCUAUGGAUAUUUCUGCUAUGCCUCGUGGUACUCCAUUAUACGGGCAGCCGUCCUGGUGGGGGGAUGAUGAGGUGGAAGAACAAAGAGCUUUUAAGUCAAAUGACAAACCUGAAGAAAAGAGUGUUGAAACGAGAACAUCAGGAUGCAGCGUAGAUGCCAAACAAGCCGAGGAACAGUCUGCAGCUGCAAAUGAAGAAGUAAUUUUUCCUUUCUGUAGGGAACCAAGUUAUUUUGAAAUUCCCACAAAAGAAUUUCAACAGCCUUCACAAUUAACAGAGAUCACUAUUCAUGAAAUCCCAACAAAAGACACACCAACACCAAGUUCCCACACAGCAGGUGCAGGGCAUGCUUCAUUUACCAUUGAAUUUGAUGACAGUACUCCAGGAAAGGUAACUAUUAGAGACCACGUGAUGAAGUUUACAUCUGAUCAGCGCCACAAGUCAAAGAAGUCUUCUCCUGGAACUCAGGACCUGCCAGGAAUUCAAACAGGAAUGAUGGCACCAGAAAACAAAGUAGCUGACUGGCUAGCCCAGAACAACCCUCCUCAGAUGGUAUGGGAAAGAACCGAAGAGGAUUCCAAAAGUAUUAAAAGUGAUGUUCCAGUUUACUUGAAAAGGUUGAAAGGAAAUAAACAUGAUGAUGGCACUCAGAGUGAUUCAGAAAACGCCGGAGCUCACAGACGCUGCAGCAAACGUGCAACUCUUGAGGAACACUUAAGGCGCCACCAUUCAGACCAGAAAAAGAUGCACAAGGCCCAGUCUGCUGAAAAGCAUCAAGAUCAAGUUGUUACUAGCUCUGCGCAUCACAAAGGGGGGCAUGGUGUUCUACAUGGGAAAUUGUUUAAACAGAAAUCAGAGGAAUCAUCGAUGUCAAUUCCCUUCCUACAAACUUCAUUAUUAAGAAGUUCAGGGAGUCUUGGGCACAGACCAAGCCAGGAGAUGUUAAAAAACCAAGCUACUGCUGCUACUUCUGAAAAGGAUAAUGAUGAUGACCAAAGUGACAAGGGUACUUAUACCAUUGAGUUAGAGAAUCCCAACAGGGAGGAAAUGGAAGCAAGACAAAUGAUUGACAAGGUGUUUGGAGUAGAUGACAAUCAAGAUUAUAAUAGGCCUAUUAUCAAUGAAAAACAUAAAGAUCUGGUAAAAGAAUGGGCCCUUAAUUCUUCCACAGUAGUAAUGGAAGAAAGGAAACCACUGAGUUCAUCUGGAUUUCACAGCUCAGAGGAAGGAACAUCUUCAUCUGGAAACAAACGUUGGGUCUCACAAUGGGCUAGUUUGGCUGCUAAUCAUACAAGGCAUGAUCCAGAAGAAAGGAUAAUGGAAUUGUCUAUACCUGUUCCUUUAGAGAAUGAUACAGAUAUCAGUGAAUCUGGCAUUUCAAUGAGAAGUACUGGUUCAGCGACUUCCUUGGUUAGUCAGGGAGAGAGAAAGAGACGAACCCUUCCCCAGCUUCCAAAUGAAGAAAAGUCUCUUGAGAACUCCAGAGGAAAGGUUAUAAUACAGAGAUCAGAGAUAGGCGAAAAGCAAGACACAGAACUUCAGGAGAAAGAAGCACCUGCACAAGUAUCCCAAAAAGAUAAGCAAGAUGCUGACAAGGCCCUAAACAAAAUGAAUAGUGCCGCAAAUGGUGAGACUCUGAGAACGGGUGGAGAGAGUAAAACCCUGCCUCACUCAGGCAAUGCUUCUGAAAAGGAGAGAAGUGAAACUGAAAAGGAAACCUCUUUGGUAAAGCAAACAUUAGCUAAAAUUCACCAACAGGAACAAGGACAGUGGACAUCUGCUAAAUUAUCUUCCAAAAAUGUUCCAGGUCAGAUUGAUAGAUGCAGGGAGGACUAUUUCAGACAAGACUCCCAGCCUCAAGAAAAAAUCCCAGGACAUUCAGCAAGCAAAGAAAGAGUGAUACAAAAUGAGGGCAAGAGAAGGAAAGCUGAGGAACUUCUAAAAACUCAAACUGCUAAGGGAGGAGACAAGAAGGAAUCCUCCAAGUCAUUAGUACGACAAGGAAGCUUCACCAUAGAAAAACCCAGCCCAAACGUACCAAUAGAACUUAUUCCCCAUAUAAAUAAACAGAAUUCAUCUACAGUCCCUUCUUUAGCAUCUGUCAAUAGAAUAAGAGAAAGAACUGAUUCUGUGGGUACUGAUUCUGGUAUGGACACAACCCUUAUCCUAAAAGAUACAGAGGCAGUUAUGGCUUUUCUUGAAGCCAAACUGCGUGAAGAUAAUAAAACUGAUGAGGGCCCAGAUACUCCUAGCUACAACAGAGAUAACUCUAUUUCUCCAGAAUCUGAUGUGGAUACAGCUAGUACAAUUAGCCUGGUUACUGGAGAGUCUGAAAGAAAAUCUACCCAAAAGAGAAAGAGUUUCACUAGUCUUUAUAAAGACAGGUGCUCCACAGGUUCUCCGUCUAAAGACGUCACAAAAUCAUCGUCAGGUGCCAGAGAGAAAAUUGAAAAGAAAAAAAGAAGUUCCACAGAUGUAGGCUCAAGAGCAGAUAGUCGUAAAUUUAUACAAUCCAGUGGAAGAAUAAGACAACCUUCAGUAGAUUUAACAGAUGAUGACCAGACUUCUAGUGUACCUCAUUCUAUUUCUGAUAUCAUGUCAUCUGAUCAAGAAACUUAUUCUUGUAAACCUCAUGGAAGGACUCCACUUACCUCAGCUGAUGAGCAUGCCCAUUCUAAACUGGAAGGAGGUAAAGUAACGAAAUCUAAGACUUCUGUAGUACCUGGUUCGUCAAGCAAGUCAACCACUCUUCCCAGACCACGACCUACCAGGACUUCUCUCUUGCGCAGAGCUCGACUUGGUGAAGCUUCAGACAGUGAGCUCGCUGAUGCUGACAAAGCAUCCGUUGCUUCAGAAGUAUCCACAACAAGUUCCACAUCAAAACCUCCCACAGGAAGGCGUAACAUUUCUAGGAUUGAUUUACUGGCUCAGCCUCGUAGAACAAGGCUUGGCUCUUUGUCAGCUCGAAGUGACUCUGAAGCAACAGUCUCUAGAAGUAGUACUUCUUCAAGGACUGCAGACGCCGUAAUUAGAAGUGGAGCCAGAUUAGUACCAUCAGAUAAGUUUUCUCCUAGAAUUAGAGCUAACAGUAUCUCUCGGCUAUCAGACUCCAAGGUCAAAAGUAUGACCUCUACACAUGGCUCUCCAGUAAAUUCAAGAUGGAGGCGCUUUCCUACUGAUUAUGCUUCCACCUCAGAAGAUGAAUUUGGAUCAAACCGUAAUUCACCUAAACAUACUCGUCUACGUACUUCUCCAGCCCUGAAAACGACUCGAUUGCAGAGCUCUGGGUCAGCAAUGCCUACUAGUUCUUCAUUCAAGCACCGAAUAAAGGAACAGGAAGACUACAUCCGAGAUUGGACUGCUCAUCGAGAAGAGAUAGCCAGGAUCAGCCAAGAUCUUGCACUCAUUGCUCGGGAAAUCAACGACGUAGCAGGAGAGAUAGAUUCAGUGACUUCAUCAGGCACUGCCCCGAGUACCACAGUAAGCACUGCCGCCACCACCCCUGGCUCUGCCAUAGACACUAGAGAAGAGGUAGGAGAUCUUCAUGGAGAAAUGCAUAAGUUGGUUGAUCGUGUUUUUGAUGAAAGCCUCAACUUUCGAAAGAUUCCUCCAUUAGUUCAUUCUAAAACAUCAGAAGGAAACAAUUGUCAAUCUAGUGAUCCAAGACCUCAAACAGCAGAGCCACAUGAUCACUUAACAAUUACACGGCGAAGAACCUGGAGUAGAGAUGAAGUAAUGGGAGAUAAUCUGUUGCUCUCUUCAGUCUUUCAGUUCUCUAAGAAGAUAAGACAGUCUAUAGAUAAAACAGCUGGGAAGAUCAGAAUAUUAUUUAAAGACAAAGAUCGCAAUUGGGAUGAAAUAGAAAACAAAUUAAGAGCUGAAAGUGAAGUCCCUAUUGUGAAAACUUCAAGUAUGGAGAUUUCUUCUAUCUUACAGGAGCUAAAAAGAGUUGAAAAGCAACUACAAGUGAUCAAUGCUAUGAUUGACCCAGAUGGAACUUUGGAGGCUUUGAACAACAUGGGAUUUCCCAACGCCAUCUUGCCAUCUCCACCAAAACAGAAGUCCAGUCCUGUGAAUAACCACAGCAGCCCGGGUCAGACACCGACACUUUGCCAACCAGAAGCUAGGGUUCUUCAUCCUGCUGCUACCUCAGCCUCAGCUGAAUUUGAGAAUGCCGAAUCUGAGGCUGAUUUCAGUAUACAUUUCAAUAGGUUCAACCCUGAUGGGGAAGAGGAAGAUAUUACAUUACAUGAAUGACUUUCUCUUGAUUUUUUUUUUUAAAUAAUUGCCUUUGGAAAAACUAGUAUUGGAAGCAGCAUAUUGUUGAUUUAUACAUAACACAAGAGAACUUGGUCAACUGCAAUCUUGUUUUCUGUCUUGUUAAUUUUAUUUUUUAGCUUAUAGUGUGGUAUUAUUAACUCUUUGAAACUACUUAAAAUAACCACUUGAUGCACAUAUAGGAAAAAGCAAAUUUGGUAGAUUACUUUUAUGGUUUGAAUAUUCUCAAAUUAUACAGUGGCAUUCUUUCCCUUCAUAGAUAUUUUUUUUUUCUUUAAGCCCUGCUGUGACCUACAAGCAGCCUACAUUUGAACCUUUCUGACCCCAGUGUCUCCGUGCCAAGCUGCUCCCUGAAAUGGACUUUCUCUUCAUCUGUAUAGAUUUGUUGAACUUCUAUUUUGAAUCUUUAUAAUAGGAUUUAUAUUGCUGUUCAUUUUCAUUGGAAACAGUAACAUACUUCCACAGUAAAAUGGACCCUUCAAAACAGUCAUUCUUGGUUCUAAAAUUUUCCAACAUAUAUGAGAUUUAUGUAACCUUUAUAGCUACAUGAAUUGGGAUUUACAGAGAUUAACUAUUAAGUUUGCCCUAAGAUUUGUUGGAAGUGGUAGGUGGGCAUAUCUAUAUAUCAAUAAGGACUAACCAUCUUUUUUUUGUACAUAGCAGAUUAAUAAUACUGUAUUUUGUUUUAACCCCAGUGUGUGUUUUACUCCGCUUUUAAAAAGUCCAAUUUGGUACUUUUUUUUUAUUAUUUGUUUGAUAGAAGCAAGAUUUUAUCUCAUUUUAGGACAGGUGAUAACUAGAAAGAUUUAACUAGGCAGGUAGCUUUGGUGGAGUCUAUUUUUAAAACUAAGAACAUGUAUAAUGUUCUGUGUUAUAUGUGACAGUUAAAAACAAAUUUCCUUUCAGACGAUCAUGAAGUUAAAAUUUUCUUCAUUAGAUUUGGAGAACCUAUAGUCAUAAUAGUUUCACUCCCAAGCAAUGAAUUGUUUCUGUGUAUUUCCCAGUAGGACCCAUAGUAAAUACUGUCUCAGUCUUGUACAUAUAUGCAGACCCUGCAAGGUGAUACUGACAAUGACUUUGGCCUAUACUACUAAAAUAGAAAGCUUAUGAAAUUAUCUUGUUAACUUGAUUUUUCUCUUUCCAAGUAAGAUGACAUUUGGAUAGGUUUUAAAAGAAAGUAAUUAUCUUUGUGUUUCCAGAACACUAUGGUAACUCUUAAUUCGGUUAAAUAUUGUUAGUAAACUUGUAUUUACCCUCUGAUCCCAUUACCCUAUAAAGGUUAAAAUGGCAAGUUUUACAGCUAAAUGUUCUUUAGCAUUUCUGAAAUAAUUCUGUGCUAUAUUUGUUUUAAUAAACAGAUUAACUGUUCAUCUGAAAACUUUAUAGGAUUUUUUAAGUCCCGUAUGUUGAGCUAGUUAAUAAAGAUGCAAAAGAAAAAAAAUUUUGUAGAGAUGUAGAACAAAAGUUUGUUGUAUAAUGGAUCUCAUAUUUUUUUUAAGUUUAAAAAAGAAAAUUAACUAUUCUCCAUGUAAAGCUAAAUUCUCCAUUAUAUCUAAUAAAGGAAGAUUGAAAAAGACUUUAAAGAAUAUAAAUGGAAAAUUUUAAAGAAGUAAAUGAAACAUUAAAACCAGGCCAGUCCAUUUAACAAAAUAAUUGAGUAAAAUAUUCACAUUGUUACUUCUUUUAUUUAAUGUUUGGGUACUGAUUAUAUCCACAUGGAACUAGAAGGUAAGAAGUUGUGUAGGAAAAUAUUAACAUCUACUCUACUUACAUUAUUGUUUAAUUGUUUACAUACUUUUGUUCAAUAAUAAGCAUUUGGCCUUUUACUGUUAUUUUUAUUUUGUAUGAAUACAUUAUUCUCCUUAUUUAUUUUUGUUACAUUUAUUACUUAUGUUAUUUUGUUAUGCAUUUAAACUUCAUUUUUGAAUAAAGUGUUUCUGGAACUUUA